UUACGUCACCUCCCCGAACGUUGACCCGGGCGGAUUGUGCACGGGCCUUCAUGGGAAUGAGACUGUGUGCAUGGCACGAUCGGGAGCAGGGCGGCGAGACCGGGCCCGGAGCCUUCCCCGCACCGGCUGCAGAGCAUAAUGCAAGGGAGGCAUUAACCCUCAUGCCAAAGCAGUGUUGUCAAAGCAGUUGCUCAAACAGCAGCGUGGGCACUCCGGCUUCUGUCGUAAGCUCGCCUUCAGCUCCAUGGCAGGCCCCGGCUCCACGUGCGCGGAAGAAGGCUUCUGCUAACAUCUUCAAAGACAUCGACCUGCUGCAGAUACAGACUCUCUUCCGUACGAGCGGGGAUGAGUGCGCCGAGGAGCGAGCCAGGAUCAUCUGCAACUACGCGGGAGAUCGACGUAUCGCGGACGCAUUGGUCAAACUCCGACGGAAGAGAAGAAACCGAUCGUUCCAUCAGUCUACGUCCCGACUGAGCAGCGAUCGGAUCGGGACGCUAUCUGUACAGCACUUCAGUAAACUCUGCAUUCGUGAAACCGGUCACAGGGGAAGCACGUCUACGGAGGAAGACUCCGAUCAGCCAAGCGUUGUUGAGGAGGACAGCCAGCUUUGCGAAACCAAGAAAAGAGCAGUAACACAAAGAACAUCCAAAAAGCUACGAAAUAAACAGCAGAGGAGGAUCACGGGCUAUCUGCACGGGAUAAAGCGAUGAUCCGGAACAAUCCAAUCAGGAGCCGCUCCCUCACAAUUCCAUUGCUGCUGUCAAAUGCAAUAAAGUCCAUGACUCUAGGGUGGAAAAACGCAAAACAAGGUGCUUCUGGCUCUUGUUUGUUUGGUGGAAGCUUCAUGAGAUGGCAGCCUUGGUUUGAAAGUAGUUGGGAAAACUCAUUGCUCCUGUAGACUUUAAUAACCUUGAGUGUUUAUCGUAGAUGUGGUGAAGGAGUAAAUCAGGAGAACGUUUGUAGGAAAACAAUCACCAAAAAAUGUCUGAUGUGUCUACAUUAUAGAGGUUUUAAUAUUUUAUGCUGACAAUUAAUGGCUGCUGAGUAUUUCGAACCAAACACUCCUGGAAUUCAUAGGAAUAUAUAUAUAUACCGGAUU